AUGCCACCCACAUCAAUUAAAUUUAGAAACAGUAUUGAACGAGUCAAAUCUCGAAUUCAACCAGAUGAAUCAUAUUUUACAACUGUAAGUCAUCAAGGAUUACAAAGUUAUCAAGACAAAUUAACACCAUUACUUCAUCAUAAUUAUGACAUAGGAUCCCACUCACCGUAUCAGAAAACAAAACCACCAGUUACUCUUUCCAAUGUUUUAGAAGUCCCUAUUACUGCAAUCAUCGAUCUUCGAAUACGACCAGGUGAAGAUUAUUUCGUAUUAUGGCUCCUCAUAUCUUCAUAUUUCCCAUUAAUUGCUGCAUGUUUAGGUCCAUUGGCAAAUAUGGUUGGGAUAAUUUCUAUAAUGGAAAAAUGGAAAGUUGAUUUGGUACUGUUAGAAAUGGUUAAAGAUAAUUAUAAAGUUUUAAUCAUGAAUUAA